GUGAAACAACAGUCAAAUCAGAAGAAGUGGAUGAAAAUGGACAGCCUUUGCUGUUUCUCUCUGUACCUCACAUUAAAAUCAGGAACUUUGGGCAGCUGUCACGUUUUUUACUUAUUGCCAAAGAUACAAAGCUGAAGGAAGCACAGGCGUGUGUUGAAGCUAACAGAGAUCCUGUAGCAAAAAUCCUGGGUUUAGAUUAUAAUACAAUGAAAGAAGACACAUCCACGGUAAACAUUCUUGAUAAAGUUACCAAAGGUGAAGAUUCUGAAAAUGAGAUUAAGAUGAAGAUCGCCAGGCUGCUCAGCCAACUGGAUCUGCACCUCCUGAACCAUUCUCUAAAACAUAUUUCACUAGAAAUAAGUUUAAAUCCCACAAGUGUUAAGAACGAUAUAGAAAUGCUGAAAAAUUUCUCAGGAAAAGGAGAACAAACUGUCUUGGAAUCUAUCAGCUAUACCUCAGAUUAUGAAUUUUCAAAUGGAUGUAGAGCCCCACCUUGGAGACAAAUUCAUGGAGAAAUUUGUUAUGUGCUGGUGAAACCACACGAUGUUGAAACUCUGUGCAUUACUUGUAGUGCAGAAGGAGUAUUUUUAAAUGGUGGCAAAACAGACAAUGAGGGGGAAAUUAAUUAUGAGAGAAAAGGUGAAAUUUAUAAAGACCUUGUCACAUUUUUAAAAGAAAAAUCAGAAAAAUUUUCAGAAAAUAUGUCUAAACAGGAGAAGAGAUUCAGCGACAAAAAGGAAAAGAAAGAACCAACUAAUGAGCCACCUGAGAAGGAAGAAGCAGCCCCCGUUCAGAAAGCUAUUACUGGUUCAGGCAAGAGAACACUGGAGAAGAACCAAAUUAAUUUUGGGAAGAGUCAAAUGACCAAGAGAUUAGAGCCAAGUUUAAGCUGGAAGGCUACCGUUCGUUUCAAAGAGUACAGAAGCCUACUAAGAGACCCCCAAGAGGAGAAACACAGAAGAAGACCUGAAAGGUCAGGGCCACCUGUUAAACCCGGAAGAGCGCAGUUAGUUCGUAAGAGUACUGAGAAGAUUGAGGAAAUCAUUAGUGAGAGCUCCUCAGAGAGUGAGGAAGAUGAAGAACCACUUGAUCGUCAGGAAGCAAAUGCAGAUUUGCCAUCAGAAUAUUGGCAAAUUCAGAAGCUGGUGAAAUAUUUAAAGGGAGGAAAUCAGACCGCUACAGUGAUCGCACUGUGUUCAAUGAAGGAUUUCAACUUAGCGCAAGAGACCUGCCAGUUGGCAAUCAGGGAUGUUGGAGGCCUUGAAGUUUUAAUAAAUUUGCUUGAUACAGAUGAAGUCAAAUGUAAAAUUGGUUCAUUAAAAAUCCUGAAGGAAAUCAGUCAUAAUCCUCAAAUCAGACGUAAUAUUGUUGACCUUGGGGGCUUACCAGUUAUGGUUAAUACACUUGAUUCUCCACAUAAGAGUCUGAAAUGUUUGGCAGCUGAGACAAUCGCAAAUGUUGCCAAGUUUAGAAGAGCCCGACAGGCAGUGAGACGCUACGGGGGCAUCACCAAACUCGUCGCUCUACUCGACUGUGGAAAGAGUUCAGCAGAACUGGCUCAAUCGAGUCUGUAUGAUGCCAGAGACGUGGAAGUGGCUCGCUGUGGGGCUCUGGCAUUGUGGAGCUGCAGUAAGAGUUACACAAAUAAAGAAGCCAUUCGUAAAGCUGGGGGCAUUCCUUUGUUGGCUCGCUUACUGAAGACGUCUCAUGAAAACAUGCUAAUUCCAGUGGUAGGGACAUUGCAAGAAUGUGCAUCAGAGGAAAACUACCGAGCUGCGAUCAAAGCAGAAAGGAUCAUUGAAAAUCUGGUGAAGAACCUAAAUAGUGAGAACGAACAAUUGCAGGAACACUGUGCCAUGGCCAUCUACCAGUGUGCUGAGGAUAAGGAAACCCGUGAUCUCGUUAGACUGCACGGAGGUCUUAAACGCCUGGCCAGUCUGCUCGAUAACACGGACAAUAAAGAACGGUUGGCUGCUGUCACUGGGGCAAUAUGGAAAUGUUCCAUCAGCAAAGAGAAUGUGACCAAGUUUCGGGAAUACAAAGCCAUUGAAACUUUGGUGGGACUUUUAACUGACCAGCCCGAAGAGGUACUUGUGAAUGUGGUUGGUGCAUUGGGAGAAUGUUGUCAGGACUAUGAAAAUCGCGUCCUUGUCCGGAAAUGUGGUGGCAUUCCACCACUCGUGAACCUCCUCGUUGGAGUAAACCAAGCUCUUCUUGUCAAUGUCACAAAAGCAGUUGGUGCUUGUGCAGUAGAACCUGAAAGUAUGAUGAUAAUUGAUCGCUUAGAUGGAGUUCGUUUGUUAUGGUCCCUCCUGAAGAAUCCUCACCCGGAAGUGAAGGCCAGUGCAGCAUGGGCCCUCUGUCCCUGCAUCCAAAACACUAAGGAUGCUGGAGAAAUGGUCCGUUCCUUUGUUGGUGGUUUGGAACUUGUCGUCAAUUUACUGAAAUCAGAUAAUAAAGAAGUUUUGGCAAGUGUAUGUGCUGCUAUUACAAAUAUAGCAAAAGAUCAAGAAAAUUUGGCUGUUAUUACAGAUCGUGGAGUUGUCCCUUUAUUGUCCAAACUAGCAAAUACAAAUAAUGAUAAACUGAGGCGUCAUCUAGCAGAAGCUAUUUCACAUUGCUGUAUGUGGGGCAGAAAUAGAGUGGCCUUUGGCGAGUACAAAGCAGUGGCUCCAUUAGUGCAUUACCUGAAAUCAGAUGACCCCAAUGUGCAUCGAGCAACAGCUCAAGCCUUGUACCAACUCUCAGAAGAUGCCGACAACUGUGUCACCAUCCAUGAGAAUGGCGCAGUAAAGAGAAGAAAAAUGGAAAAUCUCUUUGAAAAUUGUCAUCUUUGCCAAAGAAAAGUAGAAACACACCUAAGAUGUGUUGCACGAUCAGCCAGGGACGGAUCUGGGAGUGCCGCGGGCGUGAUGCCACACGGUCUGCACCGAUGGAAAUGCAGUGUUUGCACUGUGACUAGGAGAGACAGCAAAGAUGCUUCUUCACAGAGAAUAGUAGAGAAAAGAACUAAACUAGUGACAGAAAAGCAGCUGACACGGUGGAUCACAGAAGGUAGACAAAAGCAAGGAGACUGUGAAGACACAAGUGCCUCCGGUGUUCUCGAUCCCAUUCCAUGUCUUCCAGAACCUAGAGCUUCUGGUAGAGGGCAAUUAGAGGCAGAGAUGGAACAGUUGCUGGUAUUAAGGAAGAGUGACAACUGGCUAACAGACCUCAGGAAUCAGAAUGCCAAGUCAACAGUAGGAGAAACUGAUAACAGACCCAGUUUACAAUGUGGAAGCCUCAAAAUAUUAGGAACUGGUAGCACUAAGUGCCUCUGGAACUGCAAAUGCAGAAUGUGUUUUGAGGCCCCCGGCUCUGGUGAGCCGUCAUAUGAAAUAAAUUACCAAGGCUCAAAGUCGGGAUGUGAGAGAAACCGCGGAGGAGUGGCAGCCAACCUGGGCAGCGUGGAAGCCGCUGUGCAGGGCAGACACGGUGCAAAUGCAUUUCUUGUUACUGGGCUGGGCGUUAGUGCUACAGCCACACCGCAGUGCCUUGUGAACUGGAAAACAGCAAAUGGGUUCACGGUUCAAAUGAGCUCUGGGAACUCCAGAUCUUCCUGGAAAACCCACUUAGCUUGGUGUGCAUGCAGAAUUUUGCCCCUUGUUGGUGAACUUUACAAUUUAGGACAUUACUCUGGAUGCAGUGUUGCAUUGAUUGAUUGCAGGCCAGGCAAGAGAGUGUGCAAGGACAGUGGGAACCUGCUCUUCUGCUGGAUAUGGUUGGAUCCACUGACCAGGACCUCCAGGAAGCCGCAGCUGGUUGUAUAUCCAACAUCCGCAGACUGGCUCUUGCUACAGAAAAGGCAAGAUACAUUUGAAAUGUGAACAAACAUUAUAAGCUACCAAAUUUUACAUGACAGAGAACAUAGCAGUCCCAUGGCCAGGAAGCCUAGAACAUUUAUUAGCAAAUCCUUUACAAACAGAUAAAUGUCUGGAUGAAAAGACAGGAAUUAAAAAUAGCAAAGGGUGCUCUGCAUCCAAAAACUGCAUAGAUAUUUUUGUUCUAUUUAACAUUUUAGGGAUAUGCCAUGUAAUGAAAUGUAAAGCCAAUAAGUUUGUGAUAAUUUUCCAGGAAUUGGAGAAUAUACGUAUACGGUACAUAAACCUAUUUCAGUGAGAUUUUUGUAUUUGGGAUGAUUUUAAUAAAAGGUAUGGCCUUCCUGGUGUGCA